GCAUGCUUAAAGCAGUGAAGAAGAUAAUAAGGAAACAACCAAAACAGAGAAAGUAGUAAACUUAAGGCCAAAGACUUUACAGUCUCUCUCUCUUUCUCUCUUACCAACCUUUCUACUUAUUAGGAAUUUCUCUUUAGUAUCUCUGCAAAUGGAAAAUACAGAUACCCUGAUGUGAAGGAGCUUUGAUUUUCUUGAUGGAGCUGUCAAAUUCAGAACGGAGAAAGCCAGAAGAGAAAAUGGAUGGGUUCUCCUCCAUUUCCCCUACCCGUAUUUUCUGGAAUUCUCGGAAACGAUCAGCUAAUCGUCAGAAUUUGGACAAGGCAACAGAAGAAACAGCCAUUAAACAUGAGGAACCUAUGGUGACUGAGAACCCACAAGAUUCAGUGGCCACCCCAGUGGCUCUUUCCGAGCGUCGAAAGGCUCUCUUUGAACCUCUAGAACCCACAAUGAACAUCCAUGGUUCGCGAUCAUCAGCUGAAGUCCUACUUCCCCCGCCAGAUUUUGACUCUGCAAGCUACCCCAAAGGCUGGUUGAUUGGAAAGAAGCGCAAGCUUGUAAAUGUAGAUGUUGUAGAAAGCAUGCGUCGGAUUGCAGUUCAGGAAAUGAAUAGAAAGGACCGGGAAAUUGAUGGGUUGAAUGAACAGUUAGAGGAGGAUGCUCGGUGCCUUGAACAUCUUCAGCUUCAACUACUGGAAGAGCGCCAGAAACGGAGUGAUGUAGAGAGGGAAAACGCGAUGCUGCAGAACGAGAUCUCUAUGUUGAUGAACAUGUUGCAGGAGAAUGAGGGAAUGGAUGCAGAAGGUACAGAGGAUCCUUAAUAGAUUGAUUUUGUUGUUCCAAUGCUUUGCUAUAGAAUGUGUUUGAGAUGGUAAUUCAUUAUUGUAAAUACAAAUACUAUCUCCAUUAUAUUGUUUGUUGUUGAGAUGGGUAACUGUUACCUACAUUGGAAUGAUGAUCUUUAUGAAACUUGUUUGGCACGCAUACAAUAUUGUACAUGCAAAAGCCA